AUGCGUUUUCUGUGUCUUCAUGGCAUGGGCACCAAUAGUCGACGCAAGCAACAGAUCUUCGAGCUACAGACUGAGAGGGGGCUGUGUUACCAUGGUCAGAGAAACCGGCUAAACAGUGUGAUGCCAGCAGCUGCUAUCCGCCAGGGUCUAGGAGACGGUCACAGCUAUGAAUGGUUAGACGGAUCAAUCAAGACGGAAAUGGCCCCAGGGAUGCAGGACCUUGUCGCGCCGGACGAUGAAUUCCUCAUGUACGUUGAUGACACGGCGGAGACCCGCCGACAGGUCCUAACGGAUAUGGACAAUUUCCUUGCCAUGGAGACAGAACCCUUCGACGGGCUUUUGGCCUUCUCACUGGGUGCGGGCUGUGGUGCCAGCUAUCUGAUCCACAAGAUGCAGCAGGGCACCCCGACCAACCGGCUUCCGUUUCGCUUUGCCGUAUUCUUCUGCGGCGCACCAGCGCUAUUUGGGCGACCAAUUCGGGAGACGGUUGCUGCACCGAGCAUGGAUGCUGAGAUAAUUGGUAUAGACAAGGCCAGGGAAGGCGACAGCGGAAAGCCGUCGGAGGUGAUCGAAAUCCCCACCGCGCACAUUUGGGGGCGAAAUGAUACGCUAUGGGGCUAUGGCCCUGAGCUGAGCCGGUGGUGCAAAAGUGAGAAUCGAGAAAUCGUUGUGCAUGAUGGUGGACAUGAGAUCCCAGGGCCACGCGACCCUGUCACGUUGGCCAGGUGCCUUCAGGCAAUCAAGCGAACGAUCGCAAGGGCGGGAGGUGACGAGUAA